AUGCUGGAUGGUUUGGCUGUGGCUAUUCGUCGGGACCGCCAAGAGUCGGUGAUUCGAGAAGUGAGCCAGACGAUUGUGAAGAUCAUCACGGACGCCGUCGUGCCUGCGUCGCUACACCGUGCCAUUACCGAGCAGAUGGCGUUGACGCGAAACACGCCUUUGAAGAAGGAUGUGUACCGGUUUGUGCGCUGGUUGCGGCAAUAUGCGAUCCCACACGAGCGUUUUGUGGGUUACGAUGAAGAGUUGGAGCCGCCUCAGAAGCCGGACCUACUGAAGCCGCCCGGGUCGAAGGACUUGGGAGUACGCAGGAUCCCGAGGGGAGACGCGAAGCCCCUGGCACCUGCUCCGAACGCAUCAGCUAUUGGUGCACCGAACAACGGUUGUCUGAAGUGUGAGUCGACCAGCCAUCGGGUCCGGGAAUGUCCCGGAGUCACCCCCUAA